GUUUUCAUGAAUUGUUACGAUAUUGCCAAUUUUGACUUUGGGGUUGUGGUAACUAGUGGGAAAACCUGCCCACACACUAAACUACGGCGUUUGAUUGGAUGCGUUUGCCAAAUGACGCCAUAACUAGCUUUUUUUUUCUUUUUUCUCAUGAACAAGUCACAGGUAAAUUGGGAAGGCUUUACGUUUUCGCUGUCACCUGUGUAUUUCAACUGUUUAACGCAAAUACAACUAUAACGCUAGGCGUUGUAAAGACUGAUUGCACAACUGAGAUUGGCACCAUGUCUGAUUUGGUGGAUGCCAAAUGCAUAACUACACAAUGGCCAGGGAGUCCCUCACUGCCAAGGUUUACUAUAGAGAAUCAGAAAGUAGAUGCUAGGCCUCCAGCUGACAUGUACACAUAUAAAAUGAACUACCCCAGCCUUGGACAAUGUGUCAUCAUCAACAACAAGAACUUUGACAGGAGAACAGGAAUGAGUUCGCGCAAGGGAACAGAUGUGGAUGCUGGCUAUGCAAGGAAAGUGUUCGAACGUUUGGGGUACAACGUGAAAGUUGCCAAUGACCAGACGGUGCAGCAGAUCCAACAGCUGCUUUACACUGUGUCUCAAGACAACCACAGCCAGUCAGCCUCCUUUGUGUGUGUGAUGCUGAGCCAUGGAGGAGAGGGUGUGUUCUAUGGCACAGAUGGAAAUGUGGAGCUCCAGAAGCUCACCGGACUCUUCAGGGGUGACCGCUGCAAAACGCUGGUGGGAAAGCCCAAACUCUUCUUCAUCCAGGCGUGCCGUGGCUCUGAUCUGGACUGUGGAAUAGAGACAGACAGUGUUGCUGGUGGAAUAGAGACGGACAGCGUUGCUGGUAACUAUCCAGAGAGGAUUCCAGUGGAGGCAGACUUUCUCUAUGCUUACUCUACAGCCCCAGGCUACUACUCCUGGAGGAACACCGACAAGGGCUCCUGGUUCAUCCAGGCCCUCUGUGAGAUGUUACAAAGGUACGGCAAACAGCUGGACAUUAUGCAGAUCAUGACACGUGUUAACCACAAGGUGGCACAUGACUUCGAGGCUUCCGCCAACAAGCAGAUCCCUUGCAUUGUGUCUAUGUUGACCAAACAUCUCUACUUUCCACAGUGAUUGUAUAUCCUGUGGGACCAUUUUACAUAUUUGCACAGUGUCUGCUGGGCUUCUAAAGACCAUUAAAUAAUACAGAGGGAUUCUCUGCACUGGACCAAAUACCACUGUGUAAUCACUUAUUCAAAUACUUCUGUUUGGGGAAAGUCUAAAAGCGAAAAGGUAUGAAAUGUUUACCCUUGGGGCCUAAAGGGCAUUAUGUUGGACCACAGAGAAUGGCUUUUUAAUGGGGAAAGGCUGGCAUUAAGUAUUGACUACGCAAUAGUAGUACUUGCUAUUGAUAUGUAGUUAAUUAAUUUGGAAUGGAAUUAAAAUGCUCUGAAUUGUAGGGUAAAUACAUGUUCAGAUAACAUGGAAUGAAAGUCACUCGGGCUUUAUAAGUAUUCUAAAGUUGUGUUCUGUCUCUAUAUAAAUCAUCUGUCACCCGUGAGGUGUUUUUUCAUCAUUUGCACAUUCAAAUAGGGUACUACAUGAAUAAAGGAGCUUUUAUCCUUG